AUGCUACCCGAAGGAAGCACGAGGGCUGGAAUACUGCCAGGUUGCCCAAGCCUAGACAGGGGAAGUCGAGAGGCAGAGGUCUGGUUCGAACUACAGACCUUUCGGUCAGUAAAUUCGCGCCCUAACCACUUGAGUCAUCUCGCCCCGGGAUAUCUCCCAACUAGGGAGCUGCUUCCCAGCGUGGUGGUCGCAAUAGUUUGGUCUUUCGUGGCCAUAUUGCUGCAGAUUAAGAGAAAAAUAAAGUGCAUUCUUCGAACGGUGGCAUCCAACCUGCUGGUACUUCACUUUGUUGGCAUACUUCUGGUCGUGGAUGCGUUGGUGCUAACUGUUUUGUUCGCAAUCCUGGGCAUUUCAUUUCGUGGGAAACGAUUCAUCAUUUGGAUCUUUACUCCUGUUCUAUUUCUAGCGUUUGACUACCUAACGGAUUCACGGUAUUACCGACAACUUCUCACGCGCUUCGUCCCGGAGAGCCAUGCUGUGGGGGCUUUGGUAUACUCUGCUCACUUUCUUAUACUGCUGCGCUCACUGAGUGUUGCGUUGUGCUUGGCAGAGGAAUCCCACAGAAUUUCAGACGGAACUCUGGAGCACGUUAGAAUAACACCAUUUCGUUUAUGGAAAACACUAUGGACCGUGUUGGAGUAUGCCUUUUAUCCGUACUCGUUCUUUUUUGGUCCGAUCGUUCCGUUCCAGGACUGGUUGGAUUUCCAGGACGGUAAAACAAAUCCUAGUUGCAUCCGUUUUGCGAAGCUAACUGGCCGCAUCCGUCCGCUCACCGUCUGUUCACUCCUCGGUCGUGCAAUUCGUCUUAUCUUCUGGUACCACUUCUGGUACUUUGUACUUUGCUUCCUUUAUCCAAAUGCACUGUUCAUGUAUGCAUACUUUCAACCCUCAAGAGGUCGCCUUUCGGGUUUCAAUCCUUGGGAAACUGCUGGUUUCAGUGCAAAACCUGUGGCUAUUGUCAUGGCUGCUCACAUGGCCGGUAUACAUUUCUACAUGUUACAUUUAUUAUUUUAUGGGAUUCCUGGUUUAUUAUCCGAUCUGGAACUGUUCCUCUCAUCGAACAGACGGAACAUUGUGCCUUCAGAAUGUGCUUCUUCUCAUUCUUGUUCUGAACACCAUUCUUCUAACUCGGGGAAACAGGAUUCAACGGACUCGAUAUCAUUGUCUCAAGCCCGAAUCUGCCUGAUACCUGCCCCUCCAUCGUCAUUUGAUCGAGGCUUGUACAAUUUCCUGCUCCGCCACGUUUAUCAUCCAUUGCUCCCUGGAAUCCAGACGCAUCAGGGGUUACUCCGCGUGGUCUUCCACACAUCGGCGCUUGUUGUACCUUUCGUGUUCGUCCUCGUCUUUCAUUCUUUUUCUUAUGCGAAUGUUAUUUGGACAGUCAUGAAUUUCAUCCAGCUCUGUGCUGAACGAAUAUUGAAAUGGGCUUUCAGACAAACACACUUUGGUGUUUUGUUGCGUCAAACACUAUCUUCCUCCGUUUUGGAGUAUGGUGUCUUCCUCUUAAAAUCGCUCAGUUGGAUCUUCUCCCUAACUGCUUUCAUAUACUUUCGCUUUGGAUACGAAGUCGGGACGCAGUUUUUAUAUUUCGCCGCUUUCACCCCGCAUAUUCUGUGGUCAGUGUGCUUGUUCUUCGCUGCCCAGAUUCUCGCUACAGAGAUUGUAGGACGAUGUGGCUAUGCCGGGUUCCCUAUUGGUUUCCACUCCAACAGCCCAUCUUGAGGCGAAAACAACACUUCAGUGUACUUUUAUUGAUUAUUUGGAACUCCUCUGUCCG